AUGCAUAGCGUCCACCACCCACUCUACACCACCUCCGCUCGUUUCCGCCGUGGCUUCCCCAAGUCCUUCUCGCUCCGCCGCAAGGUCCCAGCUUGGCGGGACCUGAUCCUGGACCCGGGCUCAGAGCUCGUCACCCAAUGGAACCACGUCUUCCUCGUCACCUCCCUCCUCACCUUGUUCCUUGACCCUCUCUACUUCUACCUCCCCGUCAUCGGCGGUCCCGCCUGCAUGCAGAUCGACGUCGGCCUCGGCGUCUUCAUCACCUUCCUCAGGACCGUCGCCGACCUCUUCCACCUCCUCCACAUGGUCAUGAAGUUUCGCACCGCCUUUGUCGCUCCCAGCUCUCGUGUCUUCGGCCGCGGCGACCUUGUCGUCAACUCGUCCGCCAUCGCCUCCCGGUAUCUGAGGUCGGAUUUCUUGGUUGAUCUCGCUGCCACGCUGCCUCUCCCCCAGAUAGUCAUAUGGUUCGUAAUUCCAGCGGUGAAAAACCGAACAGCUGCUCAUGCGAACCACACGCUUUCUCUGAUUGUUCUCCUUCAGUAUGUUCCUCGUUUUUUUGUUAUUUUUCCUUUGCACCGGCGGAUCAUCAAAACCACCGGAUCUAUAGCCAAGACUGCUUGGGCAGGGGCAGUGUACAAUCUCCUUCUCUAUAUUUUAGCUAGCCAUAUUUUUGGAGCUUCAUGGUAUUUGUUGUCAAUUCAGCGGCAGCUCAAGUGCUGGAGCAUAGAGUGCAUAAAUGAGAUGAAUGCCACACACUCUCCGUCAUGUGAUCCUUUGUUUCUUGACUGCAACAGUUUGGACAAACCCGAAAGGCGGGCUUGGCUGAAUGUAACUAAAGUGCUCACUAGCUGUGAUGCUCGAAAAGAUUACUCUUUCCAGUUUGGAAUGUUUGCUGAUGCCUUUACUAAUGAUGUUGCUUCUUCUAUUUUCAUUGAGAAGUACUUCUAUUGCCUGUGGUGGGGUUUGAGGAAUUUAAGCUCAUAUGGACAAACUCUAGUUACAAGCACUUUUAGCGGUGAAACAUUGUUCAGCAUUCUCAUUAGCAUAUCUGGUCUUGUUCUGUUCUCACACCUCAUAGGCAACAUGCAGAGUUAUCUGCAAUCUACAACAGCAAGACUAGAAGAAUGGAGGGUCAGACGAAGAGAUACAGAGGAGUGGAUGAGGCACCGUCAAUUACCUCCAGAAUUGCAGGAGCGUGUUCGUCGGUUUGUUCAAUACAAAUGGCUUGCUACAAGAGGUGUAGAUGAAGAAUCCAUUUUGCGCUCUUUGCCUCUGGACCUUCGCCGUCAAAUUCAAAUACAUCUUUGUCUCGCCCUUGUUCGCCGCGUUCCUUUUUUCGCGCAAAUGGAUAAUCAGCUCUUAGAUGCCAUCUGUGAACGCCUUGUGUCGUCGUUGAAUACAAAAGACACAUAUAUGGUCAGGGAGGGUGAUCCAGUGAACGAGAUGCUAUUCAUCAUUAGAGGGCAGCUGGAGAGCUCCACAACCGACGGUGGAAGAUCAGGAUUCUUCAACUCUAUUACCCUCAGAGCCGGCGAUUUUUGUGGGGAAGAGUUGCUGACAUGGGCUCUAAUGCCCACCUCAAGCCUCAACCUUCCAUCAUCAACUCGAACAGUGAAGUCCAUUACUGAAGUUGAGGCAUUUGCUCUUCGAGCUGAAGACCUAAAGUUUGUUGCCAGCCAGUUCAAGCGCCUGCAUAGCAAGAAACUCCAGCAUGCUUUCAGGUACUACUCCCACCAGUGGAGAACAUGGGGAGCUUGCUUUAUACAAGUUGCAUGGAGACGGUGCAUGAAAAGAAAGAAGGAAAUGGAGUUGGCAAGACAAGAGGACUUCUUUUAUACACAUAUUUUGGAACAAGACUUUAACUAUAGGGAUGGAUCAGGCGCAGAUUAUGUGGAUAUUAGUGGUGCUGAAAGAUUGUCAUCAGUUGACAAUGCACAUAAUGCUCAGAACUUGGGAGCUACAAUUUUGGCUUCAAAAUUUGCUACAAACACCAGAAGAGGGGUUCAACACAAGUCUGAUGCAACCAGCUUGCAGAUGCCCAAGCUGUUUAAGCCAGAGGAACCUGAUUUCUCAUCAGACACUGAAGAUAGUUGA